GUUCCUCUGCGUGCGUCCGGUCGGACGAAGUAAUAAUUGUUCGAAUUUUGUACGCAGGAGAGCGCUUCGUCAGUCCUCUCGCAGCCAAAAUCCCGUCCUUAGGAACCGGCCGCCUCCUGCGAUCAUAACCUACAUUCAAAUGGACUGCGCUAGCCGGCUACUUGCUUUGCUACUCCUCUUCCGCUUUUCAAUAUUUUGCGAGGCUUUCUAUCACAGCCCGAAUGAAGGUUCUUUGGUGGUUAGAAACAUAAGUAAGAUGCCCGAAAGCAACUUUGGAAGAGAAGGUUUUUCACACAUUACAAUUGCCGGAGCUGUCCUACAUGGAAUGAAAGAGGUUGAACUUUGGCUUCAAACAUUUACUCCAGGAUCUCGAACACCAAUCCAUAGGCACUCAUGUGAAGAAGUAUUUGUCGUUUUAAAAGGUAGAGGUACUCUUAUGCUUGCCUCAAGCUCUCAUAAGUACCCGGGGACACCUCAAGAGUACCCUAUCUAUGCGAACAGCACAUUUGCCAUCCCUGUGAAUGAUCCCCAUCAGAUUUGGAAUAAUGAUGAGCAUGAGGAUCUUCAAAUGCUAGUUGUGAUAUCUCGUCCACCUGUGAAAGUGUUCAUUUAUAAUGAUUGGAGCAUGCCACACACUGCAGCCAGGCUCAAGUUUCCUUUCUACUGGGACCAGGAAGUUUUGCAUGAACCCAAGGAUGAGCUCUGAUAUCAGUUUACAAAAUAGUUCAUUUAUGAUGAUUGGAACAUGCCACAUACUGCAACCAAGCUGAAAUUUCCAAUAUUCGGUGUCUUUGAAUCUUUCCAGGAGUUGAAAGAUGAGCUCUGAUAUAUUCCAUUCAUCAAAUCUGCCUGCUUCCUAAUUUGUUUGCCUUGUAAAAGUUCUAGAUCUGUUAUGGUAUGUGUGCUAUGUGGAUGAUGAGCUGCAGUGUAAUACUAUGCCUGAAAUCUAAUUGCACUUCUUGAUACUAAGAAGUCAUUAGUGAUCCACUUCUCUGCUUCUUAUGUAAUCUUUUACUUUUAAUGUGUCCAAUUAACGUUUGCAAAACAUUUUUUUUUUUUUCUGGCAAA